AUGUCCACAGCCAGGGAGCAGCCUAUCUUCAGCACACGAGCACACGUGUUCCAGAUUGACCCGACCACCAAGCGGAACUGGAUCCCCGCGGGCAAGCACGCCCUCACCGUCUCCUACUUCUACGAUGCCACCCGCAAUGUCUACCGCAUCAUCAGCAUUGGAGGCGCCAAGGCCAUCAUCAACAGCACUGUCACCCCCAACAUGACCUUCACCAAAACCUCCCAGAAGUUUGGGCAGUGGGCAGACAGUCGUGCCAACACUGUCUACGGCCUUGGCUUUGCUUCUGAGCAACAUCUGACCCAGUUUGCUGAGAAGUUCCAAGAAGUGAAGGAAGCAGCUAGGCUUGCCCGGGAGAAGUCUCAGGAUGGGGGAGAGCUCACCAGCCCAGCCCUGGGGCUUGCCUCCCACCAGGUGCCGCCAACCCCCCUCGUCAGUGCCAAUGGCCCCCCCAGCGACGAGAAGCUAUUCCGCAGCCAGAGCGCAGAUGCCCCCGGCCCCACCGAACGCGAGCGGCUCAAGAAGAUGCUGUCGGAGGGUUCCGUGGGCGAGGUGCAGUGGGAGGCCGAGUUCUUCGCGCUGCAGGACAGCAACAAUAAGCUGGCGGGCGCUCUGCGAGAGGCCAACGCGGCGGCCGCGCAGUGGAGGCAACAGCUGGAGGUUCAGCGCGUAGAGGCGGAGCGGCUGAGGCAGCGGGUGGCUGAGCUGGAGGUCCAGGCAGCUGUGGAGCAGCCUGCAGUGGGCGAGAAGGAGCCUGGGCAGUCACGGGAGCAGCUGGAGGUGUUAGUGCAAACCAAGGACCAGGAGAUCCAGACACUGAAGAGCCAGACGGGGACUCCCCGGGAGACCCCAGAUGCUGCUGCUGAGCGUGAUGAGACACAACAGAAGGUGCAGGACCUGGAGACUCGGAACGCAGAACUGGAACAUCAGCUGCGGAUGUCAGAGCACAGCCUGGAGGAGGCCCGGGCUGAGCGGGAGCGGGCCCGGGCUGAGGUGGUGCGGGCUACACAGCUGCUGGACGUCAAGCUAUUCGAGCUGAGCGAGCUGCGGGAAGGCCUGGCCCGCCUGGCAGAGGGCACACCCUGA